AUGCAGCGCGCGUGUGAAAUGGUGGUCUCGCUCCUGCGCGUGGACGCACUGACGCAGCGCUGUCCGUUCCACGUGCUCAACGUCCAGAUUCUUGAUCUGCUGCAGAAGGAGGGCUUCAUUCGCGGCUUUAAAGUCGACGGAACCAAAAUCGACAUUCUGCUCAAAUACUACAAGGGCGCCCCCGUAAUUCGCAACAUCCGCGUAGUCUCGAAGCCGAGCAGAGACAUCUGGCUCACGCCGCACGAACUGAAGUUCCGCACGCGAUUCAAUACAGGCCUCUGGGUCAUGCAGACGUCCUGUGGGAUCAUUUCUCACCGCGACUGCCUCAGAAUGGGGAUCGGCGGAAAAAUGCUCAUGGCCAUUAACAACGGCUACCAGCACUUCUGCUGA